ACUGGUCAGUUCCAACUUCAAGACCGUCGCCGGGCCCGACUUCGUCAACUUCAAGACCACCCGACUUACUUUCACCAUGACUAAGAAGAGAAGAAAUAAUGGACGCAACAAGAAGGGCCGCGGCCACGUCAGCUUCGUGCGCUGCUCCAACUGCUCUCGCUGUGUCGCCAAGGACAAGGCGAUCAAGCGGUUCACCGUGAGGAACAUGGUUGAGAGUGCUGCUGUUCGGGAUAUCAGCGAGGCUUCUGUCUACCCUGAGUAUGUCAUCCCCAAGCUUUACAUCAAAAUUGCAUACUGUGUAUCAUGCGCUAUCCACUCGCACGUCGUUCGUGUCCGCUCGCGAGAGGGUCGUCGCAACCGUGCACCCCCUCCCCGUGUCCGAUGGAAGGAUGGCAAGAAGGUCAACCCGGCUGUUGCUGCUGCCGAGGAGGCCAAGGCUGCAGCGAAGGCAUCAUAGGUCCAUGUCGAAAUGUACCAUGUUUCCCGCUUUGUAUCAUUUUUCUUGACCGCAUAUUCAUCGACUUUCCUGCGCCUUAUAUUUUUCAUUCCACUAUACUGCACUCGUGAGAUUUGAAAGAACGAUUCACAUCAGCUGAUCGAAGAAUUGUUGUCGUUUGCUUCCCUCCCUUUGAAGCUGACAUUGUUCAUGUUUUGAUACUUUGCUGUGUGGGGUUAUGGGGUAGUCAUUUCCGUUACAUUGAGAACCCAAGUCUUGAG